ACUAGAUAGUCGGUUAUAACAGACCCAGUUUUUAAUUUCUCGGGCAAAUAUGGGAAAGGUGCUGCAUGGCUUCGGCUUAUUUGCUUGCAUUGCUGUUCUCCUAGCAUUGUGCCUUCUUCUACUUCUUCAUGAUGGACAGUAUUGCUGUGGAAGAGUGCAGAAGAAGCAGGUGAAUGAGUCGCAGUCAAUAGGCGGUAGCUGUAACUUGUUUGAAGGGAGUUGGGUUUAUGAUGAUACGUAUCCGCUCUACGACACUUUUUCCAGCUGCCCUUUUGUUGAGAAAGAGUUUGACUGUCGGAAAAAUGGAAGGCCGGACAGUCAGUAUCUCAAACUUAGAUGGAAGCCAGACACUUGUGCUUUGCCAAGAUUCAAUGGUAUGGACAUGUUGAGGAGGCUGAAAGGGAAGAAGAUACUAUUCGUAGGGGACUCUCUAAUCCUCAACCAAUGGCAGUCACUAACAUGCAUGCUGCAUUCUGCAGUGCCCAAAACAAACUACACUUUAACUAGGAAAGGAGACCUCUCUACGUUUUCUUUACCUGAAUUUGAAGUUUCUGUUAUGAUGUCUCGCAAUGCAUUUCUGGUGGAUCUAGUGAAAACAAGGACAGGCGGCAGCAUGGUUCUAAAGCUUGACUCCAUUGAAAACGGAAAUGCAUGGAAAGGAUACGACAUGCUUAUCUUCAAUACCUGGCAUUGGUGGCUCCAUAAAGGAAGCAAACAACCAUGGGACUACAUUGUCUCAGGAGGUAAGAUACUCCAGGAUAUGGAUCGCUUGGCAGCUUUUAGGGAGGGAUUAACUACUUGGUCCAAAUGGGUGGACUCUAAUGUUGAUGCUAAAACUACCAAAGUUUUCUUUCAAGGCAUUUCUCCAUCACAUUACAAUGGAAAAGAAUGGAACGACACUGAUUCGGCAACUUGCAGUGGACAAACUCAACCUAUAAGUGGUUCAACUUACCCCGGAGGUUCACCACCAGCAACAACUGUGGUCAACCAUGUGUUGGCCAAAAUGUCGUCUCCAGCAACUUUGCUGGACAUAACGUUACUGUCGCAGUUGAGAAAAGACGGGCACCCAUCUGUAUAUGGUUUCGGUGGGAAAACGGGAAAUGAUUGUAGUCACUGGUGCCUUAGUGGUGUCCCUGAUACCUGGAAUGAACUAUUAUAUGCAACUCUUGUGAUUACUGACUAAAGGAGCUAGCUAGGUAAUACAAUAAGGAUCCGGAUCAUGAGAUACAUUAUUCUUUAGA